UAAACCUGCUGCCAGCUCCAGCCCGGGAGGCGCUGAUCUGAACGGGUCCAAGGAGAUCAUUUUUUCCUGCGAGGGGAAAAAAAAAAAAAAAAGCCUGAUUUCCGGUCACCCUGCUGUCGUGUCCUCCCCCCCCCCCCCCCAAGAUUUCAGAGGUGCAGGCGAAGGUUGCCGGCAGCUCCUGGGGGGAGGGGCACAGCUCUUUGUUCCCGUCGGAUUUGGGGAGCAAAGGAGGGAAGAGUGGAAAUGUACCAGGACGUGCUGCAGUGACAGCUCCCCGGGUGCUGAGUGCCUGGCAGGGGGAAGGGGAGCAGGGGACCAAAUGACUGUGAGGAAGGGCGCAAGCGGCUGAGACCUGCCGCUCCCGGGACUGAGCUGCGAGCCGCGGGGCUGGAUGGCAUCCGCCGCCGGCCUCCGGGAUGGCCCCCGUCCCUAGAGCCCCGGGGCGGCCGGCGGGGAGCCCCCGCGGGAGCGGGCUCGCCAUCGCGGCGGCUCUGGGUCUGGUGCAUGGCCGGGGGCUUUGGCGCGCCGGCGGCCGCUCGCCGGGACGGAUGAGUGACUGCAGCCCGGCCCGGAGGAAGGUCUGCCGGUGGGGGAGGAGGAGGAUGGCGGCCGCGGGGCCGGUGUGUAAGUGUCCCCGGACCCGGCUGCCCGUAGGGGGGGCCAGCGCCUUGUGUGUCUUUGUCCUUUGCUGGCUCUACAUCUUCCCCGUGUACCGGCUGCCCGACGAGAAGGAGGUCGUGCAGGGGGUGCUGCUGCAGCAGGGCAAGGCGUGGAGGAGCAACCAGACCGCAGUCACCGGCUUCAGGAAACAGCUGGAAGACUGUUGUGACCCCAGUCAGCUCUUUGCCAUGACAAAACAGAACUCUCCACUGGGAAAGAACCUCUGGUUUGAUGGGGAAUUUUUACAUUCUGUCACUAUUGACAAUGCAACUUACUCCCUUUUCCCACAGGCUACCCCAUUACAGCUCCCAUUGAAGAAAUGCUCCGUGGUGGGAAAUGGUGGGAUUCUGAAGAAGAGUGGCUGCGGCAGACAAAUAGAUCAAGCAGAUUUUGUCAUGCGAUGCAACCUUCCUCCUCUGUCCAGUGAAUACAGCAAGGAUGUUGGAUCCAAGACCCAGCUGGUGACAGCUAAUCCCAGUAUAAUUGAGAAAAGAUUCCAGAAUCUGCUUUGGUCUAGAAAAACCUUUGUGGAUAGUGUUAAAGUCUAUAACCAUAGCUACGUCUAUAUGCCAGCCUUCUCUAUGAAGACAGGGACAGAGCCAUCCCUACGGGUUUACUACACCCUGGAGGACUUUGGUGCCAACCAGACGGUGCUCUUUGCCAAUCCCAACUUCCUCCGUGACAUUGGCAAGUUUUGGAAGAGCAAAGGAAUCCAUGCCAAGCGGCUUUCAACAGGUCUCUUCCUUGUCAGCGCAGCCCUAGGUCUGUGCGAAGAAGUAACCAUCUAUGGCUUCUGGCCUUUUUCAGUGGACCUGCAUGGAAGGUUUAUCAGCCAUCAUUACUAUGACAAUGUGUUGCCUGAUUCUGGGUUCCAUGCCAUGCCAGAAGAGUUUCUACAGCUCUGGUUUCUUCAUAAAAAUGGUGUAUUGAGAAUGCAGCUAGAACAAUGUGAGGCCCCUUUACUCCAGUCCUCUGCUUAAGGACCAUAAGGAAGGGCAUGGGGGAUCCUCUUCGUUUUAAUUUCCAUAUUCUCCAAAAAGAAAAUUAAAAGAGAAGGGGAAAAUAUUUAUGGAUUUGCAGAGACCUUAAAGAUGCUACUUGUUCCAUUGAUAACAUGAAGGCCAAACAAGAGACAAGUCCUUACACACAGUGUUAAGGAACAGAGAAAUAAGUAGCUUUCAUGGAAUUCACUCUGCAUAAUUAUGAAAUUACUGUUGGAAGCAGCAUCCCUGAUCUUGAUUGGUUCUCAUUUUAAAAGAUCAAUUUAAAAGGGGCAUUAAGCGUUGGAUGGAGGCUGACUGUGCUAAAUACUACUGGCUGUUGAAAAUCCAUUUAAUUCCAGAUUAGCACAACCCCCUUUCUUUCUUUCCUUUCUUACUACUUUCCUUCAAGCCACCAGCUCUCAGUGACUUCAAGGGACGGAGCUGAGGGUGCUUAGACUCUGGUGAAACAGUGCCCAGUUUUUGUAAUAGAGCAGUCCCUGUAUAUUGGGGAAAACCCCUACCUAACCACAGUGUUUAGCAGUGGUAGUCCAGAACACUUCAGUUUACAGCCAUGUUAAUGUAGCAUUGUGGACUAGAGGUGGUUGGAAAAUGGUAAUAAAUUUUAAUGAAACACUGACAAAUUCUUUGGGAAAUGUCGAAGCUAAAAACAAUUCUAGUAGCUUGGUUUUGGCCUAUUGUUGUAGAAUAGUACGUUUUGUAAUAAGGGCUGCUCCUGACCAAUUUACUGUACAUUCUUUGAGUCUAAUUCUGUAUUCCUUCUUACGUCAAAUGCUCAUUGAUCUCAAUGGGAGUUUGAGGUCCACAAAGGAAUGCAGGCCCAGGUUCUUAAUUUACUUGUAGCACAGACGGUACACAGUGAGCACAGGUGUCUUUUAAAAUUUGUUAAAACAAUGAAAAUCCUUUUUCCUUGAAGCGGUGUUCUGUUUGUGCGAUUAGAUCCCGUCCUGUUUGUAUUGCAAUGCUGGCCGUAAAGUCUUAUUUUUUAUUUUUCUCCCCAGAUCAUCUCUGGUCCAAGAUAUUGUUUGAAAAAUAAAACCGCCCUUGGGAGCACUCUUUAAAAACUACAUAGUGAGCAAAAAGUAAAUGACCCUGUCAGGUGCUUACAUAACACAGUCACUCUCCUUGAAAUCAGUGAGUUAUGUAAGUGUGUACAUUUCACUUAGGCUGCUCUAGCCUUUUCAUCGCUUCACAGACUGUUUUCAUUUUAUUUAUUUCUCAGCCAGCCCAUGGUCCUGGAAACUUUCUAAUGCAGUGUAAAUUAGUACUCUUAUUUUUAGGACUGUGACAAAAAUAAAAUAUUGGUACAUCAUCUUUGUUGCAAUUUCUGCUGCAAGAUUAGCCUUUUAAAUUCAGAUUUGCAUCCUUGUUGCUCUCUACUCCAUCACUAGUAGCUACAAACUGUCAAAACGGCAAAAAACGAGAACAACAGACAUUGGAUUGCCAAAGGUAUUUCCUGUGCUAUGCAUAUUCAUUCCAAACAGGCAAUGCUCUUUUUUUGGUAUGUCCUAUCAUGCUUUGAUGAUGAUUUUAUUUUUAGUGUCAGCUGCCUGCAAUAUGGAAAUAAUAAUUUUAAAAAUCCCUCAAAUGUCUGUGUAGGACAGAAACAGAGAAAUCUUCACACUUCUGAUUUUUUUAACUGUACAUUUCAGAAUAAAAUCAUUUUAAAGAUUAAUAUUCCAGAACAUGAAAGGGGCAUCAUUAUUAAAGUUUGCAUUUCAGUCUUAAAAGAAGGUGGGAGAUUAUUUGUAUUACAUAGUGUUUUAGAAAUUUGUAUGCUCGAAUUUGACUGGGUUCUAUCAUUUGCUUUAUCUUUGUCUAUAUUAAGAAGGUAAAAUGAACAAAUGUGACAAAAUGCUGCAUAACCUGGUAAUUCUUUCAUGAUGGACCUGUUCAUUUUAUUUAUGCAAGGGUAUUCAGCAAAGGAGGAUUUCAGAGAAUCAAAUAAUUUCCUUACUGUAAGUUGUAGCAAGUUUUACUAAGCUUUUUUUGGGACCAGAAUAGAUGACUGGUGUUUUAUUGUACAUGUCAGGACUGUGAAGUAUUUCUUGAGAAAUUGUUGUCUGUACGAACGUAACCAGUUUGGAAUUCUGUUCUCCCAGGCUUUGGGGAAAUAAUCUGAGCAGGGUCAUGAGAAAAUUGGUAUCUUCACUGGAAAGCUUAGUACAGUGGUUCGUACCUUAUGGCUUGGAGCUACUGAUGGGAUCCUCAGCAAUUGUCUUGUGCAUGGGGGACAUCCCAUUCCUUCUCUGUUUUAUUGAAGCAGCAGACUUACUGAAUCUUUUCCUAAUGAUCUCUAUGGGUCCUUCCUGACAUUUGAAAUCUAUCAUACUGAAUCCCGAGAGAUCUCCUAUAAAAUGCUGAGAGAACCAGAGAGGCCCAAGGUACACUUAAAAUCUUCCAUUCUGGUACUGGGAAUAUUAACCAAUUCUAGCUGUAUUUCCUAUUUAAGAACAAGUAAUAGCUCUACCCAUACAUUUCUAAGGGCUUAUCUACAUGAACACGUAGUUCACGACAAGCUGGCGUGUGAAUCUAUCCUCCACUAACCCGACACACACUGAGUGUCUGUGUAGAUCCUACUGCAGUGCUUUUGAUCUACCCUGAAGCAUAAUUAAAGUUCAGAAUUCCAGAUACAGACUUUGUAUUUUAGGCUGCCUGGUUUUGUCUGUGUUUUUCUCGUGAUCAGACAGAAGGCUGCCAUGUUGCGGGAAAAGCUACCUGUCACUGUCCCAGUGGAAGUAAAGUAAACUGUGGUUGCUGCAGCAGCUGUGUAGGAGGAGAGUACAGGUUUAUAACAGAAGGGGAAGUCAUGCCACAAUGAAGAAGUUGAUGAAAUCCUAGGUUCCUCCCUCAUAUAUCACCUCCAACAAGCUAAUAUCCUGUGUUACUGUCUCCUUCAUGAAGGCAACUUCAUGCUUUAGGUGGAUGGUGAUGAUGACGAAGAAAGCAUUCCACUCUUCUUCCCCUAGAUAACUACACUAUGUCUCUGCAGCAAGAGCUCUCUUGUGGUUGGUAGAAUCUUGUUAGGCCAUUGCACUUGGUAUUGGUAAAAGUGAGGGCUUCCUUGUCCCACAGUUGGUGAGGUGUAGGAGAGCUCACAUAGAGUUGCUAUUGAUUAAGAGUAGAGUGUGUCUCUAAGGUACUCUCUUUUAAGUUGCUUUAAAGUUUCAGUAGUUUGUGGUUUUGGGAAAUAGGGACAACAUAACUUCAGAGGCACAGGACAAACUUCUCCUCUUGGUUCUGCAGGGAGGAACUCUAUUGCAACCCUUCGGCACGCGGCCCAUCAGGGUAAUCUGCUGGCGGGCUGUGAGACAUUUUGUUUACGUUGACCAACUGCAGGCAUGCCCCCCCCCCCCCGCAGCUCCCAGUGGCCACGGUUCGCCAUUCCCAGACAAUGGGAGCUGUGGGAAGCACUAGUCUGGCACUAAAAACAAUCUGCAGAGCAGUCUGAGUCUUGUUUUUUCAGAUGAUCUGUAUAAAUUUACAGUACAAGUUAUGCAGAUCUACUGUUUUUCUAUUUAAGGGCCUGAUCCAGUGCUUACUAACGGCAAAGGGAGUGUUUCCAUUGACUGCAAUGGGCGUUGGAUCAGGUCCGAAAUAUAUAAAGUGGAGAACAUUUUAAAGUAUCCUAGUAACAAUAUGAACCUCUAUUUCUAGCUCAUGUUUUCCAUCAUUUUCUUUGCCAUUUCAAAAGAGUACCCUUAUAAUAUCCCCAAAUUCUGCGGCAUCCCUUUUGUAAGCUGUAGUGUUUUGGACCGUUACUCUACAGUACUGCAGUAUGUAUUCUAAAGAAUAUUUGGGAUAGCUUCAUUUUAGCUCAUUGCUGCCUUCUGCUUGAGUCUGCAAUUAGUCAACAAGGAGUCUGUAACAUCACAGUCAUGGCUGCGGGAAUAGACUGCGAUGUCACAGAUGCAACACUAUAGGCUUGAUUCACUCCACUGGAUAGGUGACAUUUGCACUGCUGCCUUCACCCAGUAAUUCCUCCACAGGAGGGCAGCUUUAAACUGUUGCUGGGGCUCCAUGGGAGCCCUGUUGGCAAAUACUUCCUGGGAGAUGUGCUGAAUUUGGCAUAUCCUCAGAGUGCCCUGGCCAUGCCACUGUGUCCAGUGCCAUCCAUUUUGGGGCUAUAUUGCCUACCAGUAGGGCCCUUUGUGGAACGAUGGCUCUGGAUACCAUGUGAUACUGUUCCCUUCCUGCUUCUGUAUGGACUUUCCUUCUCUGGAUGCCCAGGAUUUCCUUGCCAUGUCCAGGUUCACUAAGAAGUAAAGGUUUUCUAAAGGAAAUCCUCCACGUUUUUUCCUGUCCAGUCGCCUUAUUGAAGUCAGAUUUUUCCAAACUCCUUUUAUUAUGAUUUUUAAAAUCAGUCAGAAGUCUUUUGACUUUUGACUGAUUUUUAAAAUAAUUAAUAAUAAAAGGAGUCUGGAAAAAUAUAUACAUAAAUAACUGCCACUUUAAAGCAUACCUUUUGAUAAAUGAUGUUAUCAUCCAUUUUAAAUCUUACCAACUAACCAUAGGAUGGAUUUUGGUGAUAAAGGUCCAAAUUCUGUGCUGACUUACACCCCGUAAAUAUGAUUGGAGUGAAUGGAGUUGUCCUGGGUGUAAACCCAAUGGAGAAUUUGGCUAUAAAGCAGCAUGUAUUGAGACUGUUUCAUAGAGGAUAUUAUUUUAAAAUAAUUUCUAGGUGGUUUGGGGGGAAUUCCAGAUAUAUUUUUGUAUUAGUUUUACAUUUAUUUCAAUUAUUUUCAUGUUUUAUGCUGGCAAGAAUGUUUUGUCACUAGGACUGCUCUUUGGCAGUAGACAUCUGGCAUUUGUACAGUGAAUGCUUUAAAAAUGCAAUUGAAACAGGAUUUUGAUAGUUGAAAGUUAUGAAAUUACUAACAAAUUUACUAGCCUGUUUAAUAAACAUAAACUGGCAAAUGUUCCUAAAAGAACCUCAAGUAUCAAAAGGAAGUUAUACUUACUCCCUUCUGUUUAUACACGGUAUACAACUACUGGAAGACAGAAUGUCAUUUGCUAUAUGAUUUCUGUUAAUUGUUUUCACUGGUGUAUAUUGAGCCCUGGUAGGACUGUCUCCAAAAUGAUGAACAUUUGAAAAUAAAAAGUGUCUAAAUGAAGCUGUUGUAUAGUAUCUCCAACCAGCAAACCACAUGGGGCACUCUGUGAACGUUAAAACAGCAUUCCAUGUUCUCCCCUCAACAGUGUGAAGACUUUUGGUCUGAUUCAAAGGGAGUAUGGGGUCAUUACAACCUCAGGAUGGCACCAUACAAGCCCUACUUCCAUUGAGUGCUUCUGGGAAUUGGGAGGUGACCUUAGUGGCUGGAGCUAGCCCUGCUUUCACCACAGCUCUGAAACCAGCGUAUUAUACCAGAUCCUAAUUUACCACCAGUAUUAUGAAGUAUACAGUGACUGCAAGGUUAAUACAUAUUUUUUGUUGUCUUGACUUUCAAAGAUGUUAAGCAACCACAGCUCCUACUGAGAUCAGUAGGAGAGGUAGUGGCUUAUCACUUAUGAAAAUUAGCUUAUUUGUUGCUCUGAAGUGCUUCUUGAGACUGAGGCAAGUAAGGAUUUAGUCUCAUUUAAAUAAUUAGGAGUUUUGCCUGUUGGAUUGUGGCCUCUGUAUGCAAAAUGACAUGCACGGGAUACUGGAAAACCUGCAUUGUUCCCCCAGGUGCAAUCUAAAAAUUGAACAAUUCAAAUGUUGGUCAAAGAUAACUUCUCUUCUGUGGUCCUGAUCCUUCUUCCCUGGCAGUGAACCUCCAUUACCAUUAUAUAUAUACUGUCUUGCAGUAGCAUAGAAAGAUUCCAGUCAGGAUUGUAGUGGAGUUAAACAUAUAUGAUGAUAUAGUAAGGCAGUGGGGCAUAAGCAAAUGCUUAAAUGCUUUGCUGAAUAAGGACCUAAAUUAGUCAAAGACUACCAGCUCUCCCUUCCUCCCUGGAGCAGUUAACUUCUCCAUCUCUUCAGCAGACAUCACAGUGGCACCAUAACAGCUAAGAAAGAUGCUCAAAAACAUUUCAGGAAGGGGCUGAUCCAAAGCCAAUGUUCUGUUGACUUCAGUGGGCUUUGGUCCAGGCCCUAAGUCUAGAAAUAGUAACAGUCACACUGGAAAAGAUUCAGGUUAAAUUAGAGCUGGAAAUUUUGCAAGAAAAAGCUUGCAUGUGAGAUUUCAUGUCCUUCCAAUAUCAGUCAAUCUGGAAAUACAACUAGUAAUGCACAGAGAGGAGCAUGAUUACAUCAGAGCCACAAACUUCUCAUUUCUAAUCCUAGUUCUGACACUGACCUGCCUCCGUGCUGGGGUUUCCCCUUCUGGAACAUGGCAAUAAUAUUUUACCUUCCUUAAAGGUGUUUGAAGCAUUAAUUAGUUGAUGUUUGUGAAGUGCUUUGAAAAUGAAAAUCACUAUACAAACGAUUGAUUUAUUAUUUCAGCACUUCCAUUCUGAUCAGAACCAGGGAGUGCAAUGGCAAGAUUAUUUUGAAAAUUAAAAAAAGUUGGUUGAAGAUUUUGUUAGCAAUUUGGAUAGUUCCUAUUUGAUAACAGCCAGUUCACCCUUCCUGGUUUAGGGUACAGUGAGGAUACUGCCUUCAGACUGUCAGAGGUUUUAACAGACCAUAUGGGUUUUCCACCUCUCUCAGUAAGUGAACGUUUUUGCUUUUUAAUGGAAAAAAGAAAGUCCAAAUAAAACACAGAAGCAAAUUAUGAGCCAGAUUCUCAGCUGGCAUAAAUCAUUGUAGAGCCCUUCAUUUCAAUAGAGCUAUGCAGAUUUCAACCAGCUGAGGGUCUGGCUGUACAGUUAUAAAAUUGAUGGAAAUAUGCCUACAAACCUUUCAAAUGUAUACGUUUUUAAACUAUUCUAAGAUUAUGCUAUUUAGUUAAAGGUACUUUUCUGUAAACUAGUUGUUUUCCAUAAAUACAAAGCACAAGUGGCUCCUUUGGAUGGGUAUAUGUUGGUUGCAACUGUGAAGCAGACAUGUUAUUGCAAUUUACAAUCCUGCCACAUUAAGGUAUCAUAGUGCAAAAACAAAUCAUACUUUGAGUGGGACAGGAUGUGUUUUCCAAUAUGAGACCCUAUUUCAAUAUAUAUGUAAAAUAAAUGGAGCAUACAAUAUUCUGUGUAUUCAAGUAUAGUGCAUUAGGGGAAAAAUGUAAAAAAUAAAGUUUCUAUGAACCAAGUAAAGACAAAAACCUUCAUCAUAGCAAUGAAGACUUACCAAUAAAUACCUGUUUCACAGAAACACAUACCCUCAAAUAAAAGAUUGUCUCUGAAUUCAGAUCAUACUAAUGUUUUCCACUCAUUGUCAAAAGACUUUGUUAGACUUUAAUGAGGCCAUUAUAGGUUUUUUUCUAGCACCUGCUUGCUUUUUGGGUUGGAGGAGGGGCGUUUCCCCUUUUCUGGUGACUUUUGCAUGCAAUAAACUUAUUGUUUAGGAAGUUCUUUCUGUAAUUUAUAUCAAAGGUUCAAUUCUAAUCUCAGAUGCUACUUGUCUUGAAAAUUUAGCUGCUGUUUGUUCUUCCCAUGCUCUGUGCCAUUUCUCUUCAUCACAGUACUAAUGCAUUGUGAUAGACACUGGACCUCUGGAAUUAGUUUUGAUCAUUAAGUACCAAUGAUCAUCAGGAACUAGAAAAUAGACUGGCUGUAACAGUCCUUGGUUUUAGCCUAGACUGAGGGCAACCAAACAGUGAAUCUGUAUAAUAUUUGUAAUGCGCUCACAGUCAAUAGGGCAUCAGUGAAAUGCAAGUCAGUUUCAAAAGUUCUGGGGAAAAGAUCUAGGCCUCCUUUAUAAACCUGACUUAACGAUAGUCUAUAAUACUGCAAAUAGAAAAACAUGUUGAUUAUUAUUCUACAGCUCCUUAUAAUUCCUAUCCAUCCUCUGUUCUGUACUAUUCUAGUUACCUUUCCUGGUUUUAUUGUAUGUUUUUCUAGUCUUGGCAUCUUUUUUCUGCUGUUUUGAUCUCGUUUGUUUUGCAUCAGUCUCUGCAAGUACCUCCCUAGGUCCUUUUGUGGAAAGCCAUUUUUCAUAGUCAUCGUUAGCCUGCUGCAGAGUUUUUAUGUGUGUAAAGUAGCGGUGUGGAGUAUAAUAUAUGAAAGAAAGUAUUUUCAUCAUUUUUUCAUGUGUGAGUUUAUAUAUGUCAUAUGUGUGUCCAAUAGAUAAUAUAUAGGCUGUUUAUACACAGUAGAUGCACCUUAUAAAGCUUCUACUGUUCUAAAGGAGCUAAACGAAUAAUUCUGCCUUUUAAAUACAUUUGGAUUCUCUCAUCCACUGAGGUCCACAAGGCACAAGAACGGAAGGAGUCAAUUACUGCUGCCUGAUUCUCAAACUUCCCCAGCAUUUGUUUUGAGUACCUAAUGGCUAGUCUUAUUUAUGACAACCAGCAAUAGAUCCUAGACUAUUCAUACACCACCAGCUGAGAAUUAGCAGAGCUGCACUCUGGUCCAUCCCUGCCCUUCCCUUUGCUGACAUCCUCCCUGUGCCAGAGUGGAGGGGCAAUUGGCACAGGAACUGGCUUGGCCAGCUUUACACCUGUGGAGUUCUCUAAGUAAUUCUGAUCCAUCCAGCUGAGACUCGAUUCAGGGCUAUUUGUGCUGCUAAGGGAGCGCCAUGUGGUCAGAACUGAGUCAGAGAAUCUGGCUCUGGGAAUAUCUGGUUGAUAAUAACUGAAACUGGUUGAUUCUUUCAAAACAGAAGAAGCUUUCAGUGUAGCAGUCAUAUGGGGACUACAAAUAUUCUUUGUUACAAGUGGGACUGAAGAAGAUUCAAAGCAUUCCCAUAUGUUUCCAGACACUUAAAAAUCAGGAAGUCUAUUAUGUGGCCAAAGUGCUGAAAACCAUGAAACAGUACCCCGUAUAGCACAGAAAUGCUACACAUUUUCAGUCACUCAGAGACCUAGAUUUUUUGUUUGUUUUUUUUUUU